ACCUGCAAGGCGAAAGGAGGAGAGGAGUACCAAGUAACACAUUGCACCGAGAAGUGGAGACAAGAGAACAUGAAAAGAAUGAACAACGAUUAGACAGGAAUGAAUAGAAAGACGGAGGACAGAGCAGGUUGAAGAAUGCCAGUGGUUGGCCUAUGCUCCGUUAAGGAGGUAACACGAUUAGAUAAGUAUGCUUCGUUUCUCGCACUGAGGAAUGGCGACCAGAAUGCCAUCAAUCACCAACCAUCUGGAGUCAAGAUAGCACCGCAAUACAUGCCCUCUUGUAAUGCGUUACGAAGCGGCAGAACCCCACAACAGUCACUCAGCGGAUUUGACGUUGCAAUUGUAAUGCUCGCACAAAUGGUCAACUUACAGAGUGGAGUCAGAGUGAUCAGUCUGGCACAGGAAUCGGAUAUCCCAGCACCAGGAACUGGUGUUUUGAUUGUUGGUUAUGGGAGGGAUGAUAACGACCGCGAUCCGUCACGCAAAAAUGGUGGAAUUCUGAAGAAGGGUCGAGCUACUGUUAUGGAGUGCCGACACAACACCGUCGGCAAUCCUAUCUGUGUGAAAUCAGGUCAGAAUUUCGGUCAAUUACCCGCUCCAGGUGACAGUGGUGGACCUCUGCUUCCGUCUCCUCAAGGUCCAGUGCUUGCUGUGGUAUCACAUGGCGUCACACAUACCAUGUACCCCGACAUCAUUGUGGAGUAUGCCAGUGUGGCCAGAAUGUUGGAUUUCGUGCGUCCCAAUAUUUGA